AUGGACCAUGACAUGAUCUCAAAGUCGACGUAUUUUAAGAGAAGACCAAGUAAACUAAAAACUUGGAAAUAUCCAGACUGGAAAAAAGGAGAAUGGCAACUGGACCAUGUCUGCAUGGAUAAGAAUUACCACAAGGAAAUUUACAAUGUGAAAGUACUGAGAGGGACAGAUACCGGAUCAGAUCAUUACAUGAUAAAAAUUAAAAUUAAAUUAACCCCAUUAGCAAAGAAAAAUUCCCACCAGAAGAAGAAGAGAACCUAUGACCCUCAUAAACUGAUACAAAAUGGGGAUUAUGAAGCACAAACCAGGGAUAUAAAAAUAACAGAUGAUCUGGAAGAAAUAAUUCCGAAAUUGAAACAAAUAGCUGAACAAGUUGCCCCUAUAAAUCCAAGGAAAAAACACCAGUGGUGGAACGAUGAAUGUGAUGAAGCAGUGUUGGAUCGACACCAAGCCUGGUUAAGGCAUCAAAAUGAAAAAACAGAAAAAUCAUAUUUGGAACUCACAAAACAAAGGAAGACAACACAAAAAAUAAUAAGGAGAGUUAAACGUCAGUACCAAAAAGAUAUACUUCUAAUGAUAGAAACAAAUAGUGAAAAAACAAACUCAAGAGACUAUUACAAAAUAUUUGGCAGACAAUUACAAAGAUAUGAUCCUCCAACAUUAAUGUUAAAAGAUAAAGAUAAUAACCUAGCCCAUAGCAAUAAAAUACAGAAAUUCUAG